AGACAGAGCUGUGGGUGGUGGUUUGUCCCUCAUGGUGUUCCAUAGUUUAGCAUUCAUGGCCAGCACCUGUCUGUUGAGCUGUGAUUGGCUCACAAGGCUGAUAAAUAGCAGCAGUGGGAGUUCAAUCUAGAUGCUGGUUUCCUGGUUUGGCCUUGGUGGUGGCAUGAGUUCUGACCCUGGGGCAUGAGAGUAUCUUGGUGUCUGGACCUGGCUGAGGGUAGCUGCCUCCUCCUUUUAUCCUUAUGGUAGCUGGUGGGUGCCAUAUAUGGUAUUGUGUAAGGGGGACCCCCCUGUUUUCAGCCCAUAAAUUAGUGGUGACCUGCUCAGGUGCACCUCUUCUGUUUUGUAUUUUCUUUUAAUCACUGUUUGGGUUGUGGUGUGUUUUUGUGUGUAUUUGGACCCUGAGCAGGUACUCCUGGUGGGAGUUGGAUCAGGUAUCUCCCUUGGUGGUGUUUGUGGCUACCCGCCAGUGCAGUGGGGCUGAGGCGAUCUUGGAGGCAGCCGCCCUCAUGCAGUGUUGGAGUGCGGUCCAACUGUCUGAGUCCAUUUUAUUUUUCUCUUUUAUGGAAUCUGUGUCAAGUUUUUAAUAAAUUAUAUGUUUUUAACCUAUCAAAUCCAGUCUCCAUUUGGGUUAACAAAUGUAAGAGGGCGUUCGGUCACAAAGUGGCGUUGUCGGCAGGAUCGGAUUCCUCUACUGAAUUUAAGACUUGGAUCUGGAUUUUUGUUUUUUUAAAUGUCUUUUUAGUUUGUUUUUAAAAGCAAAACAGCAGUGGGCACACCGUGGGACUUGAAUAACGAGGGUGCUACAUUGCCAGCCCAGCGCUUCAGAGAGACUCCAUCUCAGCGAUGGCAGAUGAAGUGGAGCAGUUACGAGACCAGGUUCGCCAGCUUCAGGAGGCCAAUGAUCGGCUGCUACAGCAGCAAGCUUCAGCCGGCCCGGCUAAUCCCAGAGACUUUGUGGACCCACCAAGCCCGGCUUUGUUGGACAGAUUGAUGUACCUCCCCAGGGAGCGAAAGUGUCCAGUGUUCCGAGGGCGUGUGGGGGUGGGUAUCGAUGACUGGGUGGAGGAAGUUGAAGCUUGUGUACGUGCUAGACGCCUAGGUGCUCUUGAUAAAGCGUUUUUCAUCUUUGACCAUUUAGAGGGUGAGGCUAAAGAGGAGAUACGAUAUAGGCCGAGAUGUGAGAGGGAAGACCCAGAAAAGAUUAUCAAUAUUCUGAAGGAGCUGUAUGGGUGUUCAAGUUCUUAUGUAGCCUUGCAAGAGAAAUUUUUCUCCAGAACACAACAGGAGGGUGAAUCCCUCCAAGAGUAUUCUCAUGCCCUGCUCUCAGUCAUGGACAAGAUUAAGCAGACCUCCCCUGAGUCUGUGCCUCAAUCAGACAAACUCUUGCGCGACCAGUUUAUUGAACAUGUCCUGGACCCAGACCUUCGUAGGGAGUUAAAAAGGCUGGUGCGUAUAACCCCGCAAAUGUCUAUGUGGGAGGCACGGACUACAGCAAUUCAGUGGGAACGUGAAGGUAGACCAGGGGAGGAUCGUCGUGGUGGCAUUUAUCCAGUCCCUUCUAUUUGUGCUAUGCAAGGUUCAAAUGUGAAGCCUGGCGCCCCCCCUCCCUCAGUUGGUGUCAUUGGCCCUGAACUGGUGGAGUUGCGUGCUCUAAUCUUAAAGCAACAGGAGCAGAUUAAUAAGCUGACUGAUGCUAUGGCUACAUUACAGAGAGCACCGCGGCAAACUCGGCCAAACCGUGCAGCCAUCAUUUGUAGGCGAUGCCAGCAAGUGGGUCAUUAUGCAAAAGAAUGUGAUAAUGAACGCGUUCGCACUCGGAGCCCUUCUACCCUAUCCCCCCAACAGGGGGAUAGUGGUCUUAAUUCCCAGGUUGUGGGAAACUAGUUCCCUCCAGCAUGCUGAGCCACACGUUGGAAGGGGACCUUACUGGCUCUAACAGUGAGAAUUCAGUUGACCCUAACUUGACCUCCCUUGUUGCACAGUGCCCUAAGGUAGCUGUUAGAGUGGGAGGGGUAAUUGUGAACUGUCUGUUAGACACCGGUUCAAUGGUGUCUACAAUGGUGGAGAGCUUUUUCUUGGAGCAUUUUAAAGAUGACCUUCAGCACUGUCAUUGGUUGCACCUACGUGCGGCCAAUGGUUUGGACAUUCCCUACACAGGUUACGCAGAGUUCACGGUUGAGGUGCUGGGAAAAGUAAUUCCUCAACGAGGGUGGCUAGUGGUCAAAGAUCCCCCGGGCCAGCCUCGUCCUGCGGUGCCUGGUGUUUUAGGGAUGAAUGUAAUCAAUCAGUGCUAUGAUGUGCUAUUUGGUCAGCAUGGGCCUUCUUUGUUUGAUCUCCCACCCCUAGUGCAUGCUUCACCUCCAUGGCAACAGGCACUACAGUAUUGUCAUCAAUCCCGGCGUCAUCCAGUCAGAACAGGCCUGGCCAAGGUCAGAGGCCGCAGACCUAUUCUAAUACCGGGAGGUACAGUUAAGUUGGUAGCGGCCACUUGCGCACCACACUUUGGCAAUGUCUCGUCUGUUCUGCUGGAGCCAGCU